GUUACCGAGUGGGCUUCUGUCACAUGGGACGCCGCCUUUCCAUUUGUGCGAAGAGAAAGGGCUGCUGGCUUUGGAUUCUUAGCACAGGAAACUAUAUUUUCAGUCGUUCGCCGCUGUCUGUUCCCGUCACGGAUAAUAUUGUAUGGCCUGCAUCCCAAAGCACCUUCCCUUUCCCUUUCUUUUUCCCUCCUCCCUUUUCAGCACCUAUCCUGUGCAAUCUCUCUUUUUGUGCUUUCUUUCUUUCUCCUGUUUAGUCCUUUUCUUCUUCGCUUCCACCAUUGCCCCAGAUAAAAAGAAAGAAAGAGAAAAAGAAAAAGACCUAUCCCUCCACGACCCACAACUCUUUUCACACACACCAUUGAACGCUCCUCUCUCGCACUCUCUGUGCGCCUCAACACGAUCCUCAAUUGCAACCGGUAAUCAUCAAGAAACCACUGCCGAUUUUUACCGUAAGCCAACUGCACUAUGUCUAGUAGUCUUUCAACAAACUACGCCCUGCGUGUGGGGGCGAUCGCCUUGAUCGGAGGUGUCCUUGCCUACUGGUUCUGGACUUCGUCCUCCUCGGCCGUCGACAAGAAGCAACCCAAGCGGACAAAGAAGACCAAGACCACGACAACUACCACGACCACAACGAUCGCUAAAGAACCCACGGAUGCUCCUGUUGUCCUUGCGGAAGAAACCAUUACGACCACCACGACCCUGCUCCGAGAAACCACUGCUGGCGCACACCUUGCCAAGGACACCAGCGAGAAGACACUGACCGAGGCUAUUAUUGAUGCUGCCCAGGAGCCCGAGACCACCGAAAACACGAGCCAGACUGAGGAUGCACACGUACACGCAGAGACCGAGGCGGAUACGAAAAUAGAGGAUGUUGUCAUCGAAACCGUUGCCGAGAGAGCCAUUGGGUGUGCUGUUGAGCCCGCCCUGCAGAUCUCUUUUGAAGCGCCCGUCCCUGUUGUAGAAGAAAUCAAACUCGAUACUGUGGUAGAGGUGGUCGCUGAAGUGCAUGCCACCUCUGCUGCUGUUGUUGUGGAGGAUACAAUUGAGGAGGUUACCGUUACUGCCAAAGUCACUGAGGAAUCUGUGCUUGAAAAGACUGAAAUUGUGAUUGAAAAUGAGCAGCAGGAGAAAGAGGAGGUGGUUGCUGCCGUUAUUGUUGAUGAUGAAACGAUAUUGUUCUCUGAGGCAGCUAUUGAGGCCGCGGUUGUAGAAGCUAUUGUUGACACUGUUACUGAUCACCUCAUGGAAUCCGCCGUUCUUGUCCAAGCGGAGGAGCCACAGCUGGAAAAACAACAAGAGCAAGAACAAGAGCGGGAACAAAAGCAGGAACAGGUGUCAGAACCUGAGGCUGAGGCUGAGGCUGACGAGGAAGAAGACCUUGUGGAGGAGUUUGACCAUGAAGAAGAGCUCACAUUGGUCUUUGAGAGGGAGAUUCGAGAGCCAGUAUUGCCUGCACAAUCACGCGAGGAGGAGGAGGAGGUUGUGAAGGAAGUGUCCCAGCAGCAGGAGGUGACCGAAGAGGAACAGAUUGAGAUGCAGAUUGAGACCCCAACGACUCUUGUGGAUGAGAACAUCGAGGUCGCCAAGGACACCGUGGAGUCGAAGCCAUCGUCGCGCAAGGCUGCGGAUUCAUGGGCUAGCGUUAGUCAGGACAAAGUCCAGUCGCUCCAGGAGGUCUCGCGUGUAGCUCAACACUCUGAGCUGAACGCAUCUGCCCCCGAGUUCAAGCCUGCUUGGCUCACUAACAGCGCACCAGUACCUGUCAACCGCGCUACCAUUUCACGAGAUGCUGUUGUCCCUUCAACAGAGGCAUCAACACUUGGAACGCCAGCCAAGAUGAAGUCCAGAUGUAGGUUCUGGCCAGGCUGCACCAACAAGUCCUGCAAGUUCACGCAUCCCUCGCUCCCUUGCCGUGAUCCCGAGAACUGUACAUUCGGAGAUCGCUGCAUCUUUAUCCAUCCCAGCGACCCCCUUCCUCGGCCAAGAAGCGACAAGGUCAGCCGCAAGCCAUCUGUGGCCAAGAAGCGAAGACCCCAGUCCUCGGACUCGACCGCGACCAUGGUCGCAGUCACACCGGAUGAUGUUUGGAAGUAGAAGGAUGGACUAAGGAGGCAGGUUCUAGGCUAGGGGGAAGGGAGGGAGAGAGGG